AUCGAUGGUUUUCCCAGCUCUACCGCUGCCGGUGUUUGUUUUAUUUAUAAAAGUUCAAUUUCGACAUGGAAGAAGAUGACCAAAAAGAAUACCGUUGGGAAACUGGCUAUGAGAAGACAUGGGAGGCCAUCAAGGAGGACGACGAUGGCAUGCUGGAUGGCGCCAUUGCUGACAUUAUACAAAAGGCGAAACGCCAAAGGCAGCUCGAGAAGACCAAACAAAAUCGCCUUGGUAUGAUGAGGCACGUUUUCCUAGUCAUAGAUUGCUCCGAGUCCAUGAGUGUCCCAGAUCUGAAGCCCACACGUUUGCGUUGCACUCUCAAGCUGCUGGAAAUCUUCAUUGAUGAGUUCUUCGAUCAGAAUCCCAUCAGCCAGCUGGGCAUUAUAGCCCUUAAGGCUAAGCGGGCGGAGAAAAUCACAGAACUGACUGGCACCUCGCGUGUUCAUCUUAAGGCUCUUGAGAGCCUAGCAAAUGUUGUGCUGACUAGCGAACCAUCACUACAGAAUGGCUUGGAUAUGGCUCUGAAGACGCUCAAAGUGGUGCCAUCGCAUGCUUCGCGAGAGAUUGUCAUCAUAAUGGGCUCCCUGACCACCUGUGACCCGGUGGACAUCAACUUAACCAUUAAUGAACUGAAAAAGGAGGGCAUACGCUGCUCCGUCAUAUCAUUGUCGGCGGAAAUCCAUGUGGCCCGCUAUCUGGCCAAAGAGACAAUGGGCUCAUAUGGCGCCGUACUGGAUGAUGCCCAUUUUCGGGAUCAAUUGCUCUCGCAAGUAGAUCCUCCACCCGCUGCCAAGACACAACACAAUUCCCUCAUUCGCAUGGGCUUUCCGCAUAGCACGAGCAACGAGGCGGAUGGCAAAGAUGCACCCCUGUCCAUGUGCAUGUGCCAUAUCGAGAAUGUGGACGAGCCCAGCGAGCUAAGCACAACGGGUCACUAUUGCCCGCAAUGCCAUAGCAAAUACUGUGAACUGCCAGUGGAAUGCCAAUCGUGCGAUCUCACAUUGGUAUCUGCUCCCCAUUUGGCGCGCUCCUAUCAUCAUAUAUUUCCGGUGCCAAAUUUCGAAGAGAUGCCCCACGAUCAGCUGCCAGGUCCAACGGAAUGCUUCUCCUGUGCCAAGCUUCUUGCUACGGUGGCCGACAAGACUGUAUACAAAUGCAUCCAUUGUGGGGAGGUCUUCUGCCUCGAUUGUGAUAUAUUCAUACACGAAACCCUGCAUGCCUGUGUCGGUUGUAAUAGCACCCAUGGGGUGGCUGGUCUGGUUUAUCAGGCCCAGCAGCAGCAGCAAGGCACCAGCAAAGAUGGCGAAACGCAGGCACAUCAACAGCAGCAGCAACAACAACAACAACAACAACAACAGCAGCAACAACAACAACAAAUGGAUGAAUCUGCAUCACCACCCACCACAAAGCGGCGUCAAUUUAACAUGUAACAUUACAAGAAAAACAAAAACAUUUCUUAAUAAAAAAAAAACACUCUUAAACUUGAAUCA